CGAGACUGCAAGAUCAUCCAAUAAGAGUGCGGCCGAAUGAGCUGGAACAUCUGACACACUGAAUGUAUGAGUUCCUGGACAUGAAGAGAUAACCUAUAUGGAUUAACAAUAUGGAAACAUCCUGAAACGGCGUUGGACUCUCAGUAAAUUGACUGGAUUCAAGCUUCGCAAACAGGGAAGCUAGUUCAUGGACAGUUUGCCAGAGGUAUAGAAGAAACAUCGUCUGCAAAAAUCCAGAACACUUCUUUAACUUCUUUGAGGUUUCUCAGGAAGAUCAGGACCUGUUGGGGAAAUUUUGAUACGAUCAUGAAACUGAGGCUGAGAGAGAGGGGACUUGCGCACCCAGCUAGUCAGUGACAAACAACAGUGGACCUUGUGAUUGUCAAACACAUUGCCUGUUUACAGCAUGGAGACCACAAUAGAGGGCUAGAUUAUUUGAACUCCAGAAGGACCAACACCAUAUAAAUUAUGAAUGUUGAACAAGAUGACCUUACAUCCACAGCAGAUAAUGAUAGGUCCUAGGUUUAACAGGGCCCUAUUUGACCCCCUGCUUGUGGUGCUGCUGGCUCUUCAGCUUCUCGUGGUGGCUGGUCUGGUGCGGGCUCAAACCUGCCCUUCCGUCUGCUCCUGCAGCAACCAGUUCAGCAAGGUGAUCUGCGUUCGGAAAAACCUACGGGACGUCCCAGAUGGCAUUUCCACCAACACGCGGCUGCUGAACCUCCAUGAGAACCAAAUCCAGAUCAUCAAAGUGAACAGCUUCAAGCACUUGAGGCACCUGGAAAUCCUACAGCUGAGUAGGAAUCAUAUUAGAACAAUUGAGAUCGGGGCCUUCAAUGGUCUGGCGAACCUCAACACUCUGGAACUCUUUGACAAUCGUCUCACGACCAUCCCGAAUGGAGCUUUUGUAUAUUUGUCUAAACUGAAGGAGCUCUGGUUGCGGAACAACCCCAUCGAAAGCAUCCCUUCUUAUGCUUUUAACCGAAUCCCUUCUUUGCGCCGUCUGGACUUAGGGGAAUUGAAGAGGCUUUCAUACAUCUCAGAAGGUGCCUUUGAAGGUCUGUCCAACUUGAGGUAUUUGAACCUUGCCAUGUGCAACCUCCGGGAAAUCCCUAACCUCACGCCGCUCAUAAAACUAGAUGAGCUGGAUCUUUCUGGGAAUCAUUUGUCUGCCAUCAGGCCUGGCUCUUUCCAGGGGUUGAUGCACCUUCAAAAACUGUGGAUGAUACAGUCCCAGAUUCAAGUGAUUGAACGGAAUGCCUUUGAUAACCUUCAGUCCCUUGUAGAGAUCAACCUGGCACACAACAAUCUAACGUUACUGCCUCACGACCUCUUCACACCCUUGCAUCACCUAGAGCGGAUACACUUACAUCACAACCCUUGGAACUGUAACUGUGACAUCCUGUGGCUCAGCUGGUGGAUAAAAGACAUGGCCCCCUCGAACACAGCUUGUUGUGCCCGGUGCAACACGCCUCCCAAUCUGAAAGGGAGGUACAUCGGGGAGCUGGACCAGAAUUAUUUCACGUGCUAUGCUCCUGUGAUUGUGGAGCCCCCAGCAGACCUCAAUGUCACGGAAGGCAUGGCCGCUGAGCUGAAAUGUCGGGCCUCCACCUCUCUGACCUCCGUAUCUUGGAUUACUCCAAAUGGAACAGUCAUGACCCAUGGGGCAUACAAAGUGAGGAUAGCGGUGCUCAGUGAUGGCACGUUAAAUUUCACAAAUGUAACUGUGCAAGAUACAGGCAUGUACACGUGUAUGGUGAGUAAUUCUGUGGGAAAUACCACUGCUUCAGCCACUCUGAAUGUUACUGCAGCAACCACGACUCCUUUCACUUACUUUUCAACUGUUACGGUUGAGACUAUGGAACCUUCUCAGGAUGAGGCACGGACCACAGAUAACAACGUGGGUCCCACUCCAGUGAUUGACUGGGAAACCACCAAUGUGACCACCUCUCUCACGCCACAGAGCACAAGGUCAACAGAAAAAACAUUCACCAUCCCAGUAACUGAUAUAAACAGUGGGAUCCCAGGAAUUGAUGAGGUCAUGAAGACGACCAAAAUCAUCAUUGGCUGUUUCGUGGCCAUCACGCUCAUGGCUGCAGUGAUGCUGGUAAUUUUCUACAAGAUGAGGAAGCAGCACCAUAGGCAAAACCAUCAUGCUCCAACAAGGACUGUUGAAAUCAUUAAUGUGGAUGAUGAGAUUACAGGAGACGCACCCAUGGAAAGCCACCUGCCCAUGCCUGCCAUUGAGCAUGAGCACCUAAAUCACUAUAACUCUUACAAAUCUCCCUUCAACCACACAACAACAGUUAACACAAUAAAUUCAAUACACAGUUCAGUGCAUGAACCGUUAUUGAUCCGAAUGAACUCUAAAGACAAUGUACAAGAGACUCAAAUCUAAAACAUUUACAGAGUUACAGAAAACAAACAAAAGACAGUUUAUUAAAAAUGACACAAAUGACUGGGCUAAAUCUACUGUUUCAAAAAAGUGUCUUUACAAAAAAAAAAACAAAAAAGAAAAGAAAUUUAUUUAUUAAAAAUUCUAUUGUGAUCUAAAGCAGACAAAAUUAUGUGUAUUCCUCAGAACCUGUUUUUGCUGCACUUACUUACUAUUUCCCCACAUCUCGUCUCUGCCUUCCCCGAUUGCCAUAUUUUUCAUAGGAGAUCUCAAUUCCCUAAGGAGCUGGUCUAGAAAAUUUUGUAAGAAUUCUGUUACACUUUGAGAUUUUUAUGGUGAAUUCUAGUGGUGAGAUCCAGUCUAUUUUGUCUUUUUUUCUCUUUUAUUUUCCCCCUCAUGUCCUUAUAAGUAGUCCAAUGGGGAAUGCAAUAUUAGAAAUAGAUUUUUAAGAGAGAAUGAGGAAAAAAAUGCAAGAUCUUAUAUUUUUCAUGUAAUGACCUGUUCUGUAUUUAUGAGGAGGACCAUUAAAUGGAAAAAGGAAAAAAAAAAAAGUAAGCAAACAACAGAUUAAUUUACAUAUGAGCAUCUAUAAAACCCAUGAUCUUUUAAACAACUCUAGUACCAGAAUUUGUAGUUCAAAACCUAAAAAUAAGAUUAUAAAUAAAAUAUUGUUGGUUUUUCUGUACCUGGACACAACUCAUUUGUAGUAUGGUUCAAAUGUGAGAAACUUGAAGGUAAUUCAAUUUCCUACUUUCUAAGAAAGCAAAUGCUACAGUUUUCCUCAGUCAUAGCAUCAGUGUUCACGGGGUCCUGUUUCAUGAGUUGACUUGAGUUUUGAAUCUAUAUAUUCGAGGAUGCUGUGGUACUUUUUCCCCUCUCAUUAGGGUCACCCUUUGUAGAAUGUUGAAAUUAAAAAAAAUAAUAAUAAUGAUUUUGUGACGUAAACUCAAUUCCACUUGGAAGGAAGUUUCGGUAUAAUUUAUUCACUGUCUUGUAAAAUUCUACAGGCUAGGCAAAGCACAGCCACAGAAUGGGAAGGUGUUUUAAAUUAUCUAAGUUGCAAAAUCAUUUUUGGUGCUGAGUGUCUGCAAAUUCAGUUCUAUUCAACAAUAAGUAUUAAAGAUCUACUAUGUAUUAAACACAGAUUUUAGUAUGGGUACACAACUGACAAGGCCUGGGUCGUGCCCUUCAAUCACUCAUGAUCUACAUAAUAUAUGAUUAAGCAAACAUCAGCUUAUUAUUGGGGACCAGCUCUAAUUUUACUGAUAUGUGUAAAGCUGCAAAUUGUGACCCUGGAGUUUCAAAACAUCAGGUUCCUGUUAUUACAGAAACCUUUCUGAGUCAUGGUUUCUUCCAUCCUUCUGGAAGAGCUGUCUUCCUUCUUCCAAAUGCAGAUUGCCAGAGCUUAAAGAAGUAUGAGUCAGGAAUUUGCUGUGAACGGACGGAUGCAUGCAAGAGGUAGCAAUGCUAAGACAGUGGUUCUUCACUAAAGGUACUUGAAGGAACUGGAGAAAGUGUAAGUCUGAGAACAUACACUGGCUUCCAAGUAAAAAUGUAACUUGUUGGAUAUUGGUACCUUGGCACUCCCCUGAUAUUUUAAUAUAGUACGCGUAUGACUUUUGUCUUUCUGUGAAACAAAUUGAAAAAGCACGCCUCUUAUUACUGACCCUUGACACCUGCAACCUCGGUGAAACAAGGGUUGACCAAGGUGGAGCAGUGGAUGACCUGCUUGGAUACUCACACUUAACUCUGCAGGCUGGACCGCAUGCCAGGUUGUGUGAUCUCCAGGUGUGAAAAAACAAUCAUUACCAACAAAGUAGUAGAGGAUGGAAAGGAAGGGAUAGCAAAUAAAGGAGAUCACACAAGGGUGC